ACGUCCACUGACUCAGGACUGAGGAGCACUAGGUCAGACUCGUUAGAUAUUUGAAUACGCACCGGGUGAAGGUUGUCAAGGGCUGAUUAAUGAUUCUCCGCCUGACGUCAGCGCGCGGGUCAUCAUCUCAAGUUGUAUAAACACAGCCCAUAGCUAGGAGCUCACAAACCGACAGCCCCAUCAGAGGCAGACUGCAAGGCUGCCGAUAUGCACCAUUCACGCUACAUCGUUCACUCAAACCAACCUCCUGCGAAUUUAAACGCUAUCACUGGUGAAAUCGAGGAUGCAUUGGCCCAAUCUAUACAGAGGGUGUUGAGGCAUCCAUCGUCUGAGCCCAGCGUGUAUACCGGGUUAGCGGGCACCACUCUGAUGAAAUGGAAGGUGUCCUCUCUCAUCCCAAGAUUGGAGGUUCCGUCGACGCCUGCGUCACUCCUUGCAGUUGGCCAUGUCUCUGUUCCGCACUCUGGCUCCCGUUCAUCCUUCCUGGAGACUGCCACUGGUCCAGCCACUCUUAUCCUGGCCAGAGAAAUUCGAUUACUGUCAGAGUCAAGCACCGGUGAUCGCGGCAAGCAAGAGAAUCGAAUUAAUGCUGUGAUUUUGGAAGACUGUGCAAGAGUGCUGAUGGAUGCGGUUGAGGCGGCGCUCGAUGAAAGACUAGAUGACGAUGGAUGCGAGGUGCUGUAUGGACGGGCGGGGCUCCUCUACGCGCUCUUGCUGCUCCGGUCAGCUCUCAACUCAUUUGUUGGUUCUGAGUUACGGAACGAAAGAGAGGGGAGCCCAAUCAGACAGACGGUUGAACACUUGUGCGCAGAUCAGAAUAUCCAGGCGCUAGUCAACGAUAUAGUGAAGCGUGGCAAAGUUGGAGCAGAGGAGUAUAAAGAACAGCUGGAUGUCGACGAACGCGGACGAGGGCCACCUCUUAUGUGGAGCUGGCAUGGAAAGCGUUAUGUCGGCGGAGUGCAUGGAACGGCUGGCAUCCUCCAGAUGCUGAUUUCAUCACCGUCGAAUGCCGUUGCACCGCACUGGUCAGUCAUAAUUGGAACAAUCGAUUGGCUGCUUGCUAUCCAGCAGCCCCUUGGUAAUUGGCCAUCCACAGCGGAACGCCACCUGUACUAUGCAUCCGGAGGGAGCGCUACAAGUAGGCGUGCUAAACGAGUGAGUGUCGAAGAGGGGAAUGAGGAUGCGUUGAUACAAUGGUGCCACGGAGCUCCAGGCGUACUGAUCCUACUGUCAACGCUACUAACACGCUGCCCUCAUUCGGGAAGUAUGGAGCUGCCCUCGCCACUUCAGGAGGGUAUGGUCGCUGCACUCCGCAGGGGCGGCGAGCUCGUCUACACACGCGGAUUCCUUCGCAAGGGCCUCGGGCUCUGCCACGGCGUCGCAGGCAGCGUAUACGCCCUGCUUGCCGUGUCGGAUGCGCUCGACCAUGGGCAAGUUCCCUCUUCUUCAGAAGACACGUACUGGCUGUCCCGCGCCGUACACCUUGCCCAGCUUGCAAUAAACUACCGGGUGCUCGAGCGGGAGGGCGAGAUGCAUGUGCCGGAUGAGCCGUACAGUCUGUAUGAAGGCGUUGCCGGCAUGUGCUGUGCGUGGGCGGAAGUGCUGGCGAGACUCGAGGAUCCUAAUAGGGGAUGGAGAGACCGAGGGCAACGGUGCGGUAUGCCUGGCUAUGAUGAUUUGUUGAUCGGAUAGGAGCGCUGUUUUCUCAAGCUCGUGUGAGUCGCCCGCCAUCUUUGAUUCCAUUUGUCCUCUUGUCAUUGAUUGCUGACAGACCGCGAGUUCCAGAAUAGCGUACGGA